AUGUUGCAACAUCCCUUGCGAGACUCUGCGCGGCCGCUCACGGGCGGUCGUCGCAAAUCCGCCGAGGCGGAUCUCGACAUCGUUAGUCUCGAACCCGCUCUAUUUAUACCACCCUGUGCAAACAAACCUGCCGUCUUCCGAGGAAGCUGCAUUGUGAAUGUGCACGAGAAACUCCCCGUCAAGAGGUUGACAGUAAACCUCCGCGGUGUCUCCCAUGUGAAAUGGUCUUAUGGCCGUAACGAAAUGAGAACGUUUACGGAUUGCAAGAUGGUGCUGCUUGGUCCCGAGACCAAGAUGCAGGACAACGCAUGCGGCAUUGAAUCGUCCGACUGCGACCUCAACGGUUGCCAUGCAGGCCAAGAGCACGGUCGACUUUGGAACCCCUUCCAGAAGAAAUUCCAUCCGAGCGGCGCCCGCAAAAUGGGCUCCAAGCACCAGGUCCUGUCGCCUGGAAUUCAUGAAUAUGGAUUUGAGAUGGUUCUGCCGCCUCAACUACCGGAGUCGAUCUGCGUGCGCGGGAGCAACGUGCAGUACAAUGUGGAAGCAUGCAUCGAGCGACCGGGGCGUUUAAGCCACCCCAUCACACAGAACAUGCCGAUAGUGGCUGUUCACUGCCCGGAAGACGAUUUCUUGGAGGAUGCCGAGCCAGUCUACAUCUCCCGGAAUUGGCGACACUUGCUGCAUUGUGAGGUUACCUUGUCUAGAAGAGGCGCUGCUCUUGGCGAUCAACUGCCCGUGGUUGUCUCUCUCGAGGAGCUGGGCAAUGCGAAACUGCAGGGAUUGAAGAUCUUUCUCUCGGAGAACACGCAGUACCUCCAACGGAACGGGUUGCAAUCCUGCUUGGGCCCGUUCAAGCGGGUUCUUCUACACGACGCGACAAGUGACUCUCUGUCCACGUCGUCGCCUCAGCCUGAAGCUCAGGAUGAUUCUACCGGAUCGAGCGACGAUAGCACAUCGUCAGAGGAGGAUUGGAGCUCGGAUGCGACCGAGAAGCCGGGUGUUGCCGACGAGAGGAAAUUGGAGAUCAAUCUGUCCCUUCCCAAGGCCAUCGCGUUGACGCACGCCGAAUCCGACGGCAAGCUCAACAUGCACUUUGACACCAAAUACCAAAAUGUGCAAGUCAGUCACUGGCUCGAGUUCGAGUUUACUUUGUCGCGACAUGGCUCGACCGGUUCGAGCGACGUCCUGAAGACGGCUCGGGCUCCGUUCGUCCUUCGGUCGUGCUACGCUCACCCGGCCAAUGCGUCGCUGCCGUCCUACGAUUCUGAGUCUGACGGCCCGACCUACAUGACUGUCUCGGCUGCAGAACUGGGCGCCGUGUAA